GGUCAUGGUGAAGCAUAGUCAAUCCGGGGAAACGGCUGGAUGACCAUGCUCUUGGUGUCGCGCGCCGUCGAGUGUUUACUUUGUUGCUGAUUUUUGUUGUUUUCUCGUUUACUGCUUAAAUUUGUUGAAGUGUAAUCGGAUUCCUAAAGACGCAAAUAGUCUGAAGUGUUCCAACAAGAGAAUUAAUCGAAUAUGAAUGGGUCUGCAACGAACACGAAAAUUUCGUCAGUGAUUUUCAACAGGCUCAAGUUGAACGUCAGUUUUGAAUUCUGCGACGAAGAUGUCGACAAUUUUAAUGAGUUAAAUUUAAAGCUGUGCCUGGAUAGUGAUGUGCGUGAAAGGAUUAGGCAGCCCGCAGGCGGGAAUGGAAGCUUGGCACUCUUGGAAUAUCCAACGGAUUCAUCAAUCUUCAUGGAUUGGGGUUACAUGAUUGGUGAUUUUCUUACCUUUUAUUACACACCGGCACUGGUGGUGGUGGGAAGCAUCGGUAACAUCCUUUCGGUGCUGGUGUUUUUCAACACUAGACUGAGGAAGCUGUCCUCUUCGUAUUACCUGGCAGCACUCGGGAUUAGCGACACGUGCUUUUUGCUUGGUCUGUUUGUGACGUGGUUGAGUUUCUUUCAAGUGCACAUUUACACGCGGGAGGUCUACUGCCAGAUAUUCACGUUUUCCAGCGGGCUCAGCAGCUUCCUAUCAGUGUGGUACGUGGUGGCGUUCACUUUCGAGCGGUUCAUUGUGGUCUUGUACCCACUGAAACGCCAAAGUUGGUGCACGGUGCGAAGGGCAAAGUUGAUCAUCGUCAGCUUGACUCUGCUGGGAGGGGUACAUAGUGCUCCGUACAUUCUGUUUGCUGGUCCUCAGUUUUCCGAGAUGAACAACUCCACCAUUUGUGACGUGCGAGAAGAGUACAAGCCGCAGAUGAUCAUUUUCAAUUACAUCGACACCGUCAUCGUAUUUGUAGUGCCAUUCACAAUCAUUCUAGUGUUUAACUCCAUCACGAGUUUCACGGUGUGGCGAGUGGCCGGAUUGCGAAGAAACAUGACGGUAAUACGCCGCAAAGCAUCCAGCAUCGACGUUCGGAGGCAGCUCAGCAUGCAGAGGACCUGUCCCCAUCCGAACGGACGGAACAACGUACUUCUGCAGAGACCCGGAAUCGGUCGCAUCGUGAACUCACAGAUGAAGGUCACCAAAAUGCUGUUGAUUGUAUCGUCUGUCUUCGUUUGCCUGAACCUGCCGAGCUAUCUGAUGCGAGUACGCGCCUUUAUAGAGGCUGAGCCAUCUAAUCUGACCAUUCUGGUUCAAUACUAUUGUUACCUAUUUUUCAUUACCAACUUUGGAAUAAACUUCAUCCUGUAUUGUAUAAGUGGACAAAACUUCAGAAAAGCUGUGAUAGAAAUGUUCAACCGACUUCGGCGGAAUAAAAUGAACCCGGAUCUCUUUAGUGGCGGAACUCAAACUGAAAUAUUUCGCAGUUCCGGUUCACUGCUGCCCCUCAAACGGACCAACACGGCUCAGCAUCGUACGACGAUGGGCUCCUGGAGAGAACUCUCGGAUUAUCCAUCAUCAUUCGGCCACCCAUGACGGAGAAAAUCGAAGAUAUUCUGUCCCCAGCCAAAAGAACGAAAUUCGAGUCCCGAGCAACAGCAGAAGAGCGAGGCACAACACACGGUCUUGUAAAGAAAUCAUUCCAUUCCUCUGGGGCAGCUUCGCCCAGCAUAUCGGAUAACUUUGGUUGGUAGCGAAUGUAACUAGAAUCGAAAGAAAAUAUUUGGUGACAGUCAGGAUUAGUUUAUUUUCGUGGAAGGCGAGAUCAUGAGAGUCCAAAAGGGAGCGGUUUCUGUAGCUUUCAUUCAUAAGAAAGGUAACAAUGUGAUGAUUAUUAUUACUGAUUUUUCUAUUUUGUCUAAAUAAACAACAAUCAUUAUUAGCUGUUAUUGCUUCUAAAAUAUAAU